AUGGCCUCGAAGCGACGCCGGCAGUCCAGCGGUGACUCUACGUCCUCGUCGACGACGUCGUCGCCACCAUCUGAGCUGCUGCCCUCGAAGAAGGCGGCUGGCGGCCAGCGAGUCAAGGCGGAAGUUGCAGUGACGGCGACCACAACGGACACCACGUCCGCCACCGUCACGGCUGCAGGCGGCGCUAAGAAGACGACGACGACCGGGAACCCCGCACGUCGCACGAGCAGCGCGCCGAAGAUCACGAACGGCGAUGUCGGUAAGCUGAUCCGCACCGCGGAGGCCCUCGCCGCCCUCAACACGAAGAGGUCCGAGAAGGAGAUUUGGUCUGACGUGGUGCCGUUCGUGCGCAGGACGGCGGACAGCGACUUCGACCCAUCGCGCAUGUACAAGUUCAUUACCUGGAACGUAGCCGGCCUACGCGGGCUGCUGAAGAAGAACGCCUCGGCGCUGAGAGCGUUCAUGGAGGCCGAGCAGCCCGAUAUUCUGUGCCUGCAGGAGACAAAGCUGAACGUCGACGAGGCAGAGGCGAAUGCGGCCCUCGGCGUGGUGGACGGCUACUCUUUUGUGGACCACCCGUGCGCCUUCAAGCGGGGCUACUCGGGCACCCGCACCUACAUGAAGAACAGCACCACUGUGAAACGGCUGCACGCGCGGUGCACUCGUGGCUUCGCAUUGCCGUCCGAACCACAGGCAGACGCGGCCGCCGGCUCACCGGUAUUGGUGGAAGGCGCUGGCGAUGAGGAGGGCCGCGUGCUGACUACAUUCCUCUCUCCGGAUCCGGGCUCUGGAUCGUCGUCGUCGCGCAUUGCCCUCGUGAACACAUACGUGGCGAACAGCGGCAUGGGACUGACGCGGCUGCCUUACCGCAUCCAAUCCUUUGAUCCCAACAUGAGGGAGUACCUUCACCGGCUGGACACCUGGGCCACCGAAAAUGCCGCCGUCCCGUCGGCGGCGGCGACAGGCGGCGACAGCAGCCCGCACGGCUUUAUCUGGGCUGGUGACCUCAACGUGGCGGAGCGCGACUACGACCGCUACUACGCCGGCACAUUCAAGUCGAUGCAGGAGUGCAGCGGCUUUGCGCCAGAGGAGCGGAUGUCGUUUCGCGAGACGAUGCAGCGGACGAACUCGGUGGACGUCUUUCGCCAGCUCUACCCCCAGGCAGGCCCGGUCUACUCUUUCUGGUCUCAGCGUAUCAACGGUCGCCCGAGAAACUUGGGGUGGCGCUUGGACUACUUCGUUGUCUCCUCGCGACUUGCAUCAUACGUCGUGGACUGCUUCCCGAUGCCGACGGUGAUGGGCAGCGAUCACUGUCCGUUCCAGAUGUGGAUGCGCCACCCAUGA